CAGAUAUGAGGUGCGCGUGUGAGGUCUAUGGUGCAGACGGAGCGAUGCGAGCAGCUGUGAGUCCGCGCGCUUGUUUGCGAGCUGAAUGAACGCGCGCGCUGGACAAAACUGAGGGGAUUAUUACACUCAAUAUGACGCCAACGCGUCACAGGAUCAUAUUGAUUGGUGUUGUGACAGUGUGUAUGAGCUUAUUGUUCCUGUACAACAACAGUUCUGCCAACACACCAGACAAUCAGAAUCCAUCAGACAAGCAUCAGAUGGAAGACAUGAGAGACCAAACAUCCUACUUAAAAGGUUACAGCAGUUUCAAUGAUCAAAAGCCUCUUAGGAUGCAUUGCAAAUGUUGUGCCUUAGUGACCAGCUCUGGUCACAUGAAAGGAAGUGAUCGAGGUGCAGAGAUUGACCAAACAGAGUGUGUUAUCCGUAUGAACGACGCCCCAACAGAACGCUAUCAGCAAGACGUUGGGCAGAGGACGAGUCUCCGCGUGGUUGCACAUUCCAGCAUGCAACGUGUGCUACGAAAACCCCACGAACUGUUUAACUCCAGCCUGGAGACGUUCUUUUUCUUCUGGGGCCCUAAAAACUACAUGCGGCGGGAUGCCAGCCUGCGUCGGAUGAAGCAGAUGAUGCCUAAACUACAGGUGUUCAUCAUCUCACAGUUAAAGAUGCUGCAGCUUGAUGAGCUCUUUAAGAAGGAAACCGGAAAAGAUAGAAGAGGAUCCAAUUCCUGGCUGAGCACGGGGUGGUUCACCAUGGCAAUCGCUAUAGAGAUCUGUGAUAGGAUCAACGUCUAUGGAAUGAUUCCCUCUGAGUUUUGCACGUCCUCCAACCCAGAGCCUCCAGUGCCAUAUCAUUACUAUGAGCCUGCUGGGCCAGAUGAAUGUACCAUGUAUCUCUCCCACGAACAGGGCCGCCACGGCAGCCACCAUCGCUUUAUUACAGAAAAACGUGUCUUUGCCAACUGGGCACGUAUGUUCAAUAUACACUUCUACCAACCAGACUGGAGACCAGCAGAUGUCGCACAGAACCGCACAGUUUCCUGACGUUCAGCCAGUUCAGAUGCAGAAAACUGGAUGCUGUUUGUGGAUAUAUGUGCAUCUGCUUUUUUUAAAAAAAGUUGCCUGCCAGCAUUUUUUGUGAUUUUCACAAAUUGCCUUCCAGAAAAUAUUUAUUCUACAAAUAUAUAAGCAUACAAAUAUAUCAAAGGAAAGAACAGACCCUCUGCUUUCAAAACUUUCAUCCUAUCUUCAUUUUUUCUGUUUUUAUAACCUCUUAAAUAUGGGUAUGUUUCUUCAAAAAGCUGAAAAAAUGUAGCCUGACGUUGUCAUACUCAAUUCUAGUCAGAAUUUGAGUCUGAUACCGCUCCAUUGAGCUAUAAUUAUGAGGCGUGUCUCAACCGAAAAAUGCCUCUGCACUCAAUUGGAUAGACCUACGACCAAUCAGAGCAACGGGGUGUGAGACGUAUGUUGAAAUGACGUAUUUGCAGCUUGACCGAACUGCUAGUUAUUUCGCUACGACACACACUACAAGUCUGAGUUUGCGAACGUACAUCAACACCUACUAUGUUUACAACAUUUCAUUUAUAUCACAUUAAGUCAUACAGUAAGACUAUCUCUUACCAUUUGUACAUUAGUUGAACUUCAUCAACGACGAUACCCAUUACGUUUGCUUGUUAUAUCCAUCUCGUCGUGCACACCGAGUUGCAUCGCCGUGAUACCCAUUUUAGUUGCUUCUUUAACUUGAUCUUUCAUAAGUGCGACAACUUUUGUCGAAUCCCGUAGGACGGCAAAAACAUCAACAAAUGCCUUGCUCGC